AUGGAUUCCUCGGGGAGAAGCACACGACUCCUCGAGAUCGCCCUGAUCAUCGUUCUUGUCCUCAACUUUUUCGAGCACGCGUGGAUCUUUCGAGAUACCCAAGUCAACUGUGCUGGCGCUCCUAUGUUUUCCGGCCGCAAUGAGCUCUCGUUUGCCUUGCCCAACGACCUGUGCAACUCGAGUGUGCUGAAGAAUGAGUCGUCCUCGAUUGGAAUGGAUCAAGGAUCCGCCUCCAUCGUGCAUACCAGCUAUAUUGUCGUAUCCAGAAAGACUGUGGAAACAUACAUACACUCUCAAAACCGGCUCCAGAACGAAGUUGACCAACUCAGAAAGGAGCUCUCGUUCAAAGACGCCAAGAUCAAGCUCAGCACUGACAAGGCCUCCAGGGUCCUUGAUCUGUAUCUCAGUCAGGUGAAUUCCAGCACACGUCUUCUUGGAAUCUUGCUUGUGCGAGGAGGCCAUCCGCGGAACGGCGUCAUGAACAUGUAUCCUGAUCCAUCACCGACACAGACCAGGGCUCUCCAGACGUUUUCCAACACCCAAGUGCAGCUGAUGCAGCGUGCGCGUGGCUGGCGCUUUGGCGAUGUCGUGAUGGUGGUAUGCAUCUCGCAAAUCCCGUUCUUCGGCCUGCUCAUGACCACCAUGUCUCGAGGAAGCUCUUGCUCGAUCCCCGCCAAGAAGUCGCCCUGUGCUAAGCCCAAGCGGUCUGAGUUCGAACAGCUGUUCAAGGAGGCUCUCGAUCGAGCCACGUAUCGAACAGGUGGAGGUACUCAGGCUUCUUCCAGCAAACACGACUGCCAUUCACCAGCGGAUCCAGCUCAGACUCAACCAGGCAGCACUUCAACCCAACCAGAACAGGAGCAUGCCCAAGCGAGCAGCGACGGCCCAAGCCAGACCGACCCGGGCCAUUCCGAUGACAAGGAUGCUCAAGAUGAAGAAUUUUCUAUAAUUGAUCGGUGCCCCAACAUCCAACGGUCCCGGGAACAUCCUCGUGGCACUUCAAGCGAUGGCAAUGGCUCCACAACAAGCUCUGCCGACACCAACACCAACGCCGACACGAGCGGCGCUCGCUUUAUCCGACGGUGUUUGGAGCUCGUUAACAAGGCCAUACAGCUCGAUGACUCUGACGACGCUGAAGAGUACGCCACAGACAUCCAUCCAAUCAUAAUCAGCAGUGGAUACUACUACAUGGCGAUGAGCCACAUGUUGCCUUCCAUUGUGGUCCGUGUGCUUCUUCAGAUGCGAGAGCUUGCCUUGGUGAUUGAUAACUGCUGCAAAGCGCUUCAGCUGAUCGAAGCAGCCGGCAAGAUGCCGAAAACACCCGAAGACAUCGAGAGCGAAGGCUUCCUUGUGCGGCCUUACGAGAUUCUGAAGCUGAAGUUCAAGGCCAAUUCAGAACUCGGCUUGUCUGAAGAAGCAACCGCGUGCCUGGAGCAUAUCGAUUCGAUCUAUCCCGAGAGCCGCACUGACCUGUCCUUCUUGAUGCUCAAAGCCGACACCCUGGUCAACCUGGACCGGUUCGAACAGGCAGUCGAGGCAAUCGAGGCUCUCGAGAGGCUCUCGGACAAACCUCCCACCGAAGCGCUGGAGCUCAAGGCCGAGAGUCUCCUUCACCUGGGGCCACGGUACCUCGAGGCAACGGUCAAUACCUACAAGAUCCUGGCCGAGAGGGAGCCAAAUGGUGCGCAUAGUCUCCAUGCAGCCGUCCGAUCGGCGGCUGAUUAUCUUGGCAGAUUCAUUGCCGUGAACGUGGACUCAUCCACUCUGCUCCAUCCAGUGCAUUCGAAGCAUUUCAAAAACUUCAAUCUCACGUUCCGCGCCCUGAUCAAGGCCAAGAAAAUGCUUGAGCUCGAGAACGUGGAUAUCCUGCAGAGCAACCUGGACGAAUCUUUGAAGCUGAUCACGACGCGCUACCGCAAAAUCAGUCUCAAGUGCCAUCCAGACAAGAAUACCGAGGACAAAGAGCUGCAUACAGCCCGCUUCCGAGCCGUCAACGACUCGUACGAGUACCUCAAGAAGAUCAUCCAGGAUCAGGUCAAGUGUGACCAGAAGCUGGCGUCCAUGGCAAGCCGCCAAGGACACUGAAGGGCCGUCAGCACGGACCCGAGGAGCCAGACCUGGAUUGUGCCUUCAACAGCACCACCCAGGACGGCCGCAUUAUGCUAGACCACGGUCCAGCACAUUUCGUUCCCGGCAUUUUUCUUUAGCCACUACCUUUAAUGUGCCUUGCAACUUCUUAAUCAGUUCCUUCGCAAAACAUUGUG